UUUAAUCGGAGAUGGCGAAACAGACGUUCGCGUGUGUGUGUUAUAUGAAAUUAUAAUUAUCUACUUGAAAAAUACGAGAGACGAAGGCGCAGAAUUGGGCGUCGAUUCCCUUCGAUAUAUCGAUCGACCAGCACUCGCUCAUUACUUCACGCCGUCGCAGUUGUUGCGAGACUUGCGAGUGUUGCGACGUUGAGGGACGAUUUUCAAGCGUACCGCCAACAAGCACCCUUGUCGGAGUCACCGGAGAACAUUCUCGACGAGUUGUGGCGGACGAGGAAGGUAUCGGAAGGUUUUUUCGAAAAGAGAAUCGCACUCGCGACGACACUCGGUCGCAAUGUCGAUCGGAGUCCCCAUCAAGGUGCUUCACGAGGCCGAGGGCCACAUCAUAACCUGCGAGACGAACACCGGCGAGGUGUACCGCGGCAAGCUGAUAGAGGCGGAGGACAAUAUGAAUUGCCAGAUGCAGAAUAUCACGGUCACGUUCCGGGACGGCCAGGUGGGGCAGUUGGAGAACGUGUACAUCCGCGGCUCGAAAAUCAGGUUCCUCAUUUUGCCGGACAUGCUGAAGAACGCGCCCAUGUUCAAGCGACCUGGCGGCAAGGGCUCGGGCACAGCCGGCAGAGGGAAGUCCGCUAUACUGCGAGCCCAAGCUCGCGGUAGAGGAAGAGGCCAAAAUCAAAGAGGCAAGGGUACUGGUUCGGCACCUUGGCUGAAUCAGCAGAGUCAACCGGGUGGAUCUCAAGCUGGGAGAGGCAGGGGAUAAAUUGUAUAAUAAAUAUAUUCUGAUAUUUAAGGACGAGUGUAAUUUACUCCCGUAUUUUUGUAUAUCAUUUCGGAACAAUAUAUUUCUGUGUAGAUCGCGACUCAUAUUUUUAAUGCAUGUGAUUGAUAAUAAAUUAACUAUCACUCUAUA